AUGCAUGUGGGAACAACAGGAUGCUGCUCGGCUAAGGUCAUCAACCCGAUGAGAGACGAUGCAGUGAGGAUGGAGGAAGACUUUCAAGAAUCCAACCUGAGGAGGCGAUCUGAUGGGGCGCACCGGAACGACCCUGCCACUCCCAGGGAUCCUGGCACCCGACACGUUGAGUCCUCAGGCCUCGCCAAGUACUCCCCGCGCGUGAUAGGAACGGACGCAGAGAAAGUGGGGCUGGGGAUCGCCUUCCAGCAGAUGGUAGCGCUGAAUCAAGAUCCCCGUCCUAAGUUAGCCGUCAAGUCCCUCGCAAUCGAAUCUCCUGCCUUCCACAGCGGGCAGAUCGAGGAGCAGGAAGGAGACGUGCUGAUUUCCAUCGACGGGAGGUCAGUGAGAGGGAUGACAGGAGCUGAGAUCGCCCCCUACAUCCUGGGCCCGCAGGGCAGCUGGGUGGAAUUAUCGUUCGAGAGGGGUGCAAUCAACGGCGGAGCUCUGAAGGUUGUGAAUGUGAGCCUGCAGCGAAGAUGGAAUCGAGUCUCGAGUACUUGA